GAGUGCGAAUGACAACCUUCUUAUGCAUAACAUAACCUAAAAUUUUCCAAUUACAUUAUAAAUGUUUUUGUUUACUUUUUAAUUUAUUUUAAUUUAUAUAUACGGGUUUUUAUAACAAAACAAGUUUUUUUUUUAUAAAAUAAGAAAAUUAACAUUUUAUCAAUAAUUGAAACUAAAAUGGUCAACGUUCCCACUGAUCAUGGACUUCAGGCAGACAUUAUAUUUGUAAUAGAAGGCACUGCUGUUAAUGGUGCUUAUUUAAACGAUCUUAAAACCAAUUAUCUCAUUCCUACUUUAGAAUAUUUUAGUCAAGGAACAAUUGAAGACAGAGAAUAUGUACCAGAGAACACCUCAACUUUAUACGGAGUUGUCGUUUAUCAUGCCGCCGAUUGUUUACCAUCUCCCUGUACGGGAACACUUGGACCUUAUGCAAAUCCUCAUAAACUUCUACUUGCCUUGGACAAAUUAGAAAUGGUGGGAGGAAUGGGCGAAUCGCAUGCAAAUAUUGCAGAGGGUUUGGCGACAGCUUUACAAUGUUUUGAAGAUUUACAAGUGCGACGAGAGCCAAAUACAGCUGCCCAAAAACAUUGCAUCUUGGUCUGUAAUUCACCUCCUUAUCUCACUGUUGUUCAAGAAUCAUUUAAAUUUGCAGGUCACAGUAUUGAUCAACUCGCUCCGCUUCUUCAGGAUAGAAAUAUCAAUCUCUCAAUUUUGUCGCCACGCAAAAUACCCGCAUUAUUUAAACUAUUUGAAAAAGCAGGCGGCGAUUUACAAUCGUCACAAACGAAAAAUUAUGCCAAAGAUCCACGUCAUUUGGUACUUUUGAGAAAUUAUAAUUUAAAAGAACGACCAGUUAGUCCAAUUAGUGGCACUGGCCAUGGAACAGCGCCAAAUGCUGCUCAAAUUCCAUUGAGUCCAUUGCAAAGUAACGAUAGUCCAAAUACAAAUCAAGCGGCGCAAAAUAUUGCACAACCAACGCAAAAUCAAGGCGCACCAUUUAGAAAUCAAGCACCACAAAAUAUUGCAUCGGUACAUCAACCUGGUGCACCACCAAUGGCGGCGCCAAUGAGCGCUGGAAGACCGAAUUUUAAUCCACAAAUUAAUGCACCACCAAAUUAUCAUCCAUCGAGUAUGAGUGCAAGAGCAACACAUAAUUGGCGAAUGAGACCACCUGGACCACCAUUUAUUGCACCAAAUGCAGCGCCUCCCGCCAGUACACCGGGCAGUGCACUAUUGGCACAACUUAAUCAACCACCUUCACUGGGUCUCAAUAUUUCACCCUUUGGACAACGUAUGGAUGGCACUGCUGGUAAUGCAAUUGCAGCAAACGCUCAACAACAACAGCAACAGCAAUUGUCUCAACAGCAAUUGAGAAUGAUGAUGCAGCAGCAACAACAACAACAACAACAGAAUCAACAACAAAAUCAACAAACGUCAAUGGGAAUGCAAGCUCAACAAGCACAAAAUCAAGCUGUUACACAAUUGACAGUUUCUGCUGUUAGUCAACCAACACCAAAUCAAGGACCACACACUGUUACUGCGCCACAAAAUCCUGGUCAACAAUCAACUGGCACACCACAAGUUCCUCAUCCUCAAGGCCAGGCAAAUGUUGGUCAACAACCAAUGGUCAUGGGAACUGAACGUAGAAUUAUUUGGCAAGGUACAUUAGAGUGGAUUGAAAAAAAUAAAAAUCCAAAUGAUAUACAAAAGCAAACUAAACAUGUACCUUGUCAAGUAUCAAUACAAUCAAAGGAAGGAGAAAUGGAUUUAAAAACAGAUAAUUGGCCUCCAAAAUUAAUAAUGCAAUUAAUGCCUAAAAUGCUCUUAGGAACAAUAGGAAAUUCUUAUUUGAAAAAUUCGAGAUCAGUUAAUUUUUAUCCAACUCCUUGCGAAGCUCUUGAAUCUCUUAUUAAAGUCAUGUCUACUGGCUUUGCGGGAUGCGUUCAUUUUAAUACACAACCACCUUGUGGAAUAAAAGUACUUUUACUUUUAUAUACCGCUGAUAAAAGAUCAUUUGUUGGCUUUAUACCAAAUGAUCAAUCUGGUUUUGUUGAUCGUCUUCGAAAAGUCAUUCAACAGCAAAAAAAUACUCAAGCAUUACGUCAUCAAUCACAGGCGGGUGCUCCACCUGGUGCAAAUGCGAUGCAAGGUGGAAUGCCAACAAGUGGUAUUUCCCAAGGGGGAAUUCUUAUGUCACAAACAAAUACAAUGGCAAUGGGUGGCGGUCAAAUUACACAGAAUGUUGUCGCUUCGAAUCCACAACAAAAUUUAGCCACUCCAACUGGACCACCGGGUCAAAUAAAUCUUCAGAAUGCAAAUAUGGCUGGUGGACAGCAAGUUGGCGCAGGAGGCGGAGGAAUGAUGGGUCAGCAGCGACCUCAAUUUGAUGAUUUGGGAAUGAUGAGACAACAGAAUCUUUUAAAAAUUCAACAACUUCGACAAACCCUCGAAGCUGCACAACAACAAGAGGCGCAAUAUAAAUCUCAAUUAGAGAUCAAUAUUCAACAAAGUCUCGAUGUGUCGCAACAACAAGAAUUGCAGUACAAACAGCUCGAGCAAGCACAAAGAGGACUCAAUCAAACGGGAAUGGCUGGACAACAAGCGAACGCUCAACGCAUGAUGAGGCCCGUUAUGACCAAUAGUCUUGGACUUCGGCACUUAUUGCAGCAGCAGCAACCACAAUAUCGACAAGUUGUUGGAAUGCAGCAGCAAAUGGUGGGUCCCAGAGGACAAAUGAAUGUACGACCCAUGGAACCAGGAAAUCCUCAAGGUCAACAAUUUGACGAUGUCUCUAAUUAUGACUUUCUUGGUUGAAAAUUUUAUACAUAACUAAUAUUUCUUCUUCUCUAUUUUAAUAAAUAAAUUUUUAUCAAUUUGUAUUCAGACGUUUACAUAUAAAUACAAUGUAAUACUUUCACAUCAACUAUAUAUUAUAUAUAAGUUAUAACAAAAUUAAUUAAAAACAUAAUUUUGCAAGCAAACAGAACUAAAGUAUACAUAUAUAUUUGCAUAAUUUAAAUAUUUGUAAUUAAGAGAUUUUUGUUUUAUACACAAUAUAUUGUUGAUAAUUUUAUGUAUUAGAUACGGCAAAAAAAUGAAACAAUCAUGCCAAUUAAAGAAUUUUUAUCACAUCA